GCUGCAGAAAACCAUGAAAGUUACACAUACAGCCUUACUUUAAGAUCAUUUGCUUUCUGUUUUGAGGUAGCUUACAAAUCUGUCUCUGAUCUGAACUGGUCUUACAGAACCACUAACCCUUUGGUUUGGCCCAUUUCAACCUGUCUGCACCAUGUUUGACAAACAGAGACUACACAAUAACACUACAAUACCCAUGAUACCUCGUUCAUGAAAACGUCGCUUUGCCGCUGCGGAGGAAGGAAGUCCCUGAUCAAAGCACAUGCGCGGUGCAUGAUCAGGACCGGUGUAUCAUGGCGACAUACGUGGAUAUUCUGAAGAGCGAGUUUCCCGAAAUUGACACUGAAGUGUUCGACUAUAUUACGGGUGUCCUGGACUGUGGAGGGCCUGAUUUCGAGGAUGAAGAUGAGGUGUUUGAUGCCAUUGGUGGCGUACUGCAGGGGGUUUCCGCAGACUUUAAAAACGAGGAGGAUAUUAGAGACAUCUGUCUUCAGAUGUUUAACACGCUUAAAUUGAAUAACUGUCAUGCUGCUCAGAAGCAGGUAUUGCUCAAUGCCCCAGUUCAGUUGUCUCAGAUAUCUGCUGAGUGUGUAACUGCUACAAAUGAUGUCCAAGGCAUAUGGAUGAUGAAACGAAGCCAGAACACGACUGUGAAUGCCAAGAAAUUGGAGAAAGCUGAGGCCAAGCUGAAGGCAAAACAUGAGAGGAGGAAUGAGCGAGAUUCACAGAAAACCGUCAGCCCAUUGGUACUAGAGGAAGCAUCCGCUAGUCAGGCUAGCAGUAAGAAGGAAAACCGUGUAGAUAUGUCUGGAAAGAAUAGAAGCUAUGACAUUCGCAUUGAGAACUUUGACGUUUCAUUUGGCGAGAGAUCUUUGCUGCAAGGAGCAGAGCUGUCUCUUGCCACUGGGCGUCGCUAUGGUCUCAUUGGGCGCAACGGCUUGGGGAAGACCACACUCUUGAAGAUGCUCGCCAGUCGCAGUUUGCGCGUACCUGCCCACAUCACCAUCCUUCAUGUGGAGCAGGAGGUUGCUGGGGAUGAGACGGUGGCCCUACAGAGUGUGUUAGAGAGUGACACGGUCAGGGAGGGGCUUCUAAAAGAGGAACGCCUCCUCAAUGCCCGGAUUGCCAACGGAGUUGCUGAUGGAUUGGAGAGUGUUCGGCUGUCAGAGAUCUAUGCCAAACUGGAAGAGAUUGAAGCAGACAAGGCACCUGCCAGAGCAUCAGUCAUCCUGGCAGGUCUUGGGUUUUCAGCUAAGAUGCAACAGCAGACAACAAAGGAGUUCUCAGGAGGAUGGAGGAUGAGAUUAGCUCUGGCCAGUGCUCUCUUUGCCCGGCCUGAUCUUUUGUUACUUGAUGAGCCCACCAACAUGUUGGACGUCAGAGCCAUUCUCUGGCUUGAGAACUACCUGCAGACUUGGCAAUCAACAAUCCUGGUUGUGUCCCACGACCGCAACUUCUUGAAUGCUGUUGUCACGGACAUCAUCCACCUUCACUCACAGAGGCUGGAGAGUUAUCGCGGUGACUAUGAGAACUUCGUCAAGACCAAAGAGGAUCGUCUGAAGAGCCAGCAGAGGGAGUAUGACGCCCAGCUACAGUACAGAGAUCACAUUCAGGUGUUCAUUGACAGGUUUAGGUAUAAUGCCAACAGAGCUGCACAAGUGCAGAGCAAAUUGAAGCUCUUGGAGAAACUCCCUGAACUAAAACCUCUUGAAAAGGAGACAGAAGUAACUUUACGGUUCCCCGACAACUUUGAGAAGUUGUCUCCUCCUAUCCUUCAGUUGGAUGAAGUGGAGUUCUAUUACAACCCUGAUCAACGCCUGUUCACAGGGCUGUGUGUCUCUGCAGACCUAGAGUCCCGGAUCUGCAUUGUGGGUGAGAAUGGGGCAGGCAAAUCCACCAUGCUCAAGCUAUUGAUGGGGGAACUGACGCCCGUCGGAGGCAUCAGACAGGCUCACCGGAACCUCAAGAUAGGUUACUUCAGUCAACAUCACGUGGAUCAGCUGGACCUCAAUGUGUGUUCAGUAGAGCUGUUACUCAACAAAUUCCCAGGUCGAAAUGAGGAGGAGUACCGGCACCAGCUUGGUGGAUAUGGGAUUACAGGAGAGCUCGCCACACGCCCUGUAGCCAGCCUGUCAGGAGGACAGAAGAGCCGAGUGGCAUUUGCCCAGAUGACGAUGCCAUGCCCAAACUUUUAUAUCCUUGACGAGCCGACAAAUCAUCUGGAUAUGGAAACUAUUGAGGCUCUGGCAAAGGCUCUCAACAAGUUCAAAGGCGGCGUGGUAUUAGUCUCUCACGACGAGCGUUUAAUCCGGUUGGUGUGUAAAGAGCUGUGGGUCUGUGAGGGAGGGAAAGUGCGGCGAAUCGAAGGGGGCUUCGACGAAUACCGAGAUAUCCUUACGGAACAGUUCCGCAAGGAGGGAUACCUGUGAGAAGCACCGAGCUACUCACCAACAACAUGCCAAUGACCGACAUGCCAAGUUGCCAAUGGAUAUCCACCACAACUUAAAAAAACCCUAUCACACCCCGAACUGCCAAUCAGCGUCCCUCAGGAGGGGGAACUGUGUCUGACUGGUGCCGCCCAGCAAUCCUCUGUUUCCCAUCGCAUAGUCUUUGUUUGAGUGCACUCAAUUUAGCUGGCUCCUAACAAGGUCUGGGUCAUGAGCAAUAUUCUGCCUGGUGUCCUAAAGUGUACAGUGCAAACUGCCUACCUGAUGUACUGGGAUCUAAAUCAAGUGCUCUUUUGACCUCUGGGUCCAGACUUCUCUACUCACCUUCACGCUAAUUUGGUAGACUGUGAGAGGAAACUUCAUCCUGUGAUCGUCAGGGCUAACCCUUCUUUGUACACCCAUAUGUGCAGCUAUCUUGGCAAAGCAACCCUCAUCUGCAGUAUCAAGGGACAUAUGUACAUCUGAAAACGUGUAUUUAUUUCUUAAUCCAUCCUGAAGAAUGCAUGGUGUGUGUGUG